AUGGGCCAUACCGAAGGAGGCCUUGAUUGUCUCUUCGAAGCUUCAAUAUUUCUCUACGUCCCAGCAACCGCCCUCCCAAAACUCGCCAUCCUAGUAUCCUACCUGCGGAUACUCCCCAACAAAAACAUCCGUAUCAGUGUCUACGCUGUCUUUUUCAUCACCAUUGGCUACAUGGUUGCCUGCUGCUUGGCGUUCCUGCUCCAGUGUCAUCCCGUUGCGCGGAUAUGGGAUAUGGUUAUACCGGGUGAAUGUCACGUCAUAUCCAACUUUCUUGUCAAUGGUAUCUUCAACUUCGCUAUCGACAUCAUGGUCCUUCUCCUACCAGUACCAGUGUUGAUGGAGUGGAGAGUCAGUAGCCGCAUGAGGGCUCUAAUGGGAGGUGUCUUCGCCAUCGGCUCAUUAGCAUGUAUCGUCAGCGCGGUCCGAAUCUACUUCAUCGCUCGCGGUCUAAACACCUUUCGAACGGGGAUCGCCGUCAUCAUCGGCAUACCCAGAUCCCUUGGUGUGGUCGAAACCAACCUUUCCAUAAUCUGCGGAUGUAUUAUGGUCAUGCGACCGUUCUUACGAAGACACCUUCCUUUCCUCCUUGAGAUCGGCUCUCAGCGUGCCGAACACAAACACGCUGGAGUUAUCGAUGACGAACAUCCACUAAAGGUGUUCAGCAUUACCGUCGAGAGCAGACUGAUGAAGACAGGCGCUGGCUUUGGUGGUGUCAAUAGCAGCGCAGGCUGGAUUUGGGAUCAGAGGAGCAGGAUCGGCACCCGUGCUAUCGUGGAUACCGCCAUUCAAGAUUUGGACAUGGAAGGCGCGAGAGAUUGGCCUUUGAGGGAUGAUUUGUCGCCGAAAGCAGAAAGAGCUGACAACGUGAUUGAAGAGAUAUACUACGCUAGUAAUGACCCAGAGCUUGCACGAAAGACACAAACGACGCGGACCUUCAGCCGGGGGUCCCAAGUAAUGGACUGUGGCUCCGAGACGAGAGGCGUAUCUAAGACACAGGCUCGCACAGUGAGCCUCAUUACAGCUGCGAAUCCUUGCGUGGUCAGGGAGACAAAUUGGCCAGGCUUUUGGCGCUGA